AUGGAAUGGAAAGCCAGCCUCUUGUCACCACAAGCUCUCCAUUCAUGGUCACUUCCAUCUGCUAAUGCUAGUGCCAACACAAUCUCUCCGUGCAAAUGGUAUGGGAUCUCCUGCAACGGCCUUGGAAGCGUAAUAGAGAUAAGCUUACCCAGUGCAGGCUUACAAGGUAAGCUUCAUAACUUGAGUUUCUCGUCAUUUCCAAACCUCCUCCGUCUCAAUCUCAGUGACAACACACUCACUGGAACCAUCCCAGCUGAUAUCGGCACUCUUUCCAGACUCGUCUCCCUCAAUAUCUCUAUGAAUAAUCUCUCUGGAGUUCUACCUCUUUCAAUUGCUAACCUUUCUCACCUUUCAGAGCUCGACAUCUGGUCUAAUGAAAUAACUGGGCCUAUUCCUCCAUCUUUAGAAGUUGGGAAUUUAAUGAAUCUGAACCAUCUUGAGCUGUCAGACAACCUUCUAACAGGUUCUAUUCCUUCCACUUUAGGGAACAUGACAAACCUGAUGAACCUCCAACUCCAAAGAAAUCAAAUUUCGGGUUCAAUUCCUCUAGAAAUUGGGAAUUUAGUAAAUCUCAAUGGGCUUGAGCUUGCUAGUAACCUUCUAACAGAAGUCUUUGGUGUAUACCGGCAUCUCUAUUUCAUGGAUGUCAGCAACAACAGGUUGUUUGGUGAACUCUCACCAAACUGGGGAGAAUGCAAAAACUUGACGAGGCUACAGUUAUCUGGGAACAGGAUCACUGGUAAAAUUCCUCCCGAGAUUGGCAGUUGA